ACACAGGGACUUUAGGCUCUCCGCGGCAACGUGGCCAAGCCCAGCUUGAUACGGGAGCUGAUAAGUGCGGCGAAUGCAGCGGUUUUUUUUUUCGUCUCGCUCAGGGCUCGAUAAAGCUCUCGGUUCAGAUAUGGUCUUCGUACCUGCGUAUCUAGCCCAGCAGAGUUCUGAAGAACUCUCGUCAAAAGCAAUCGCUAACGCCCCAGGAAUCAAGACGUGCUGACGGAUUUCGUUUCCUGACAACCGGUGGCCCUGACGGGGACCGUCAGGAAUCUGCAUUAUGACAACCGGACCUACCACCUCCCUGCACACCCUCAGCCUGUUGAAGCAGCUAAAUCUGCCUCGACCAGAAGACGUCACUGACCCAGGCUCAACUGGAUUUGAGUCUGACCAAUCACCCCCAUCAUCCUUAUCAUCAGCAUCGUCGGAAGACGAAGGGGCUUCUUUGACAUCUUUAUCGAGCGACGAAGGCAGUACAUCACGGGCUAUUCAACUUCCCAGUGCGAGCGGUAGUUCCGUACCGACGGGACAAAGCAGUCGAGGUCCGACUCACCCAGGUUACAGCCUCAGGGAGAAAAGAAGAGCAUCUUUUGUCAACUGGCCCCGUCACGCCUUCUCCAAUGUGGAAGCACUCGUCGAUGCCGGUCUUUUCUACGAAGGCGAGGACGACAUGGCCAUAUGUUACUACUGCGGAGGAGCCUUGCGAAGCUGGCAAAAGGACGACAUUCCUUUCGUGGAGCACGCUAGGUGGUACCCCGAGUGCACCUUCGUGAAACUAUCGAUGGAACCGGCCCUCUACAACACCGUUCGCAGCCUCCAGGAAGAGUGCUUGAUGGAGACAGACCCUGUGACAACGAACACCGACGAGGUGAAAGACAAGCUCAUUUCUGAAAUUUUUGAUGAGUCGACUCUGGAGUUCUACAGAAAGGUCGGGAUUGGGCAGAACAAAUUCCGACAAGCUGUCACGCAUCUCUUGGAUCAGGGCCUGACCAUCGGUGACAUCAAGGAGAAACGCCAAAUUGAAGAGGCCCUCAAAGUUGUCACCACAAUCAAGAAGGAAGAGAUACAGGUGGACAAAAAGCCGACUCAAAAGCAGGUGGACAACUCCUGUGCAGUGUGUCUCGGGGACCAGAAGUCGGUGCUGUUCAUGCCGUGCCAGCACCUCGUCACUUGCGUCGACUGUGCCACCAAAGUGGACCAGUGCCCAAUGUGCAGAGAACAAAUCAGCGCAAGAAUUCGCGCAUUUCUGUGUUAAGUGCAUGUCGCUUUCUCUGCUUAUGUUCAGCUAUACCUAAUGCUCGUGUAGUCGCAUUUUUAAAUCAUUACGCCCGCUCUGCACUAAGCUCUAAAAUGGCGGCACCCACAAGAAACCCCAGGAGUAGCGUGGCGAUACUCUAAACGUAGAUUGUUCAGUAGCAAUAGGUCACCCCAAACCAGCAGAAUCUUUGCUUCUUUAAUCGGUUUUAUAUGCCCUCAGUGCGCCCCAAACGUAUCUCAUGACGCUCCGCUAAUCCCUUCCUGUUCCUCGAUUCCCUGGCCUUUGUCAGUCUCGUAAGAAGUUCGAUUUUGAACGAAUUUCUUCGUCAAGGCGUACCCCGCACACCAACAGUUAUUUAAUUUAUGGGACCCAUGAAACACGUAGAUCGAAUUGAGGCCAUAAAAAGACGGAGCGCUGAUUCUUCUUAGAGCACCUCUUGGAAGCUGGAACAAGUGUUUAAACUUUUCUUUUAACCUGCGAAUUUUAAACAUUGAAGCGCUACUGUAUGAUUUCGUGAUAUUUGUUUUCUUCACUGAAUUAAUUCCUUAGCGAAGAAAAGGCGAAAACCUUUGGUGCGUGCCUUCGGCGGCAACCGUUUUUGCUCAAACCAUUUAGUUCAUUUGUUCAUACCAUACGUGACUGGAAUUAGAGUGUACUAGUACAUUCUAGAUCUUGUACAAUCUAAUUGCAAUGUAUUGCUGGAAGAAGUUACGUUUCUUCGAUGCUGGUCGUUUUUACGAUAUAUUACCAAAAUUCAUCAAAACAAUGCUGUCUUCAAGGGACAGAGGCAGCGUCCAUACAGUUCGUUGAAAAAAUGUGGAAUGCUUCACGAUUUUGCUAAAUAGUAGCGUAAUUUGUAUGAAGCAAACACGUUUUGUACAUAUUGUUGAAGGGUGAAUUUUAUGAAGAGGCUUUAUAUAUAUCCAUCAAAAGCAGAGCAUUCUCGCUUUGCAGGAGACUGAGCUUUCGACAAAGCAAGAAAACGGAACGCUGGAUGCGUUCCAAUACGAUCUUGAAGUAUUCGGAAAUCCCCUGUGUAGCAUUGCAAUGAGACGUUUACUGCCCUGGAAAGCUAUAUGAAGCGUAUUUAUCCAUCUUUCACCAUUGACCAAGAGGAGCACUUUAGUUUCUGGGACUAUUGUGGGAAACCUUUGGCUUUGCCUCCAUGUGGCCGGUGCCGAAGGCCCCAUUCCCCGUUGGUGUGUACACUUGUUGACUCCUCCAACGUCUCCAGUGCCGAUGCCGACAUUUUCCCCCAGUCUGGGACCCUUCGAACACCGCCACGUAAACAACGUCGAGGAGGGUAUACGCCCCGCUUGCCAAUCGGCGAACAUCCGUUAACAUAUUCACAGUACCAAGCCUGGAUUUCUCGCCAGAAAAAAUUUGGUGUGCGUAUAUUUAUACAGUAAAACUUAAUUUGCCUUGCCUUGGUUUUUCAGUUUUUUUUUUUUUGUUAGACAGGCGCGGUGGAGCUCGCCCGUGAUUUUUUAUGGGCAUGAGAUUCUUCGCGAGAGCGAGAGGUGACAGUAAACAAAGGAAUCGGGCUAGCUAUCCGCAAGUUCCAGCGAAUAUAGGGGGCGCGCUGGUCGCGCCAACAUGGUGGUCAAGAGGGUGAUCAUUCCACAGUGCCGGUAGACCAGUAACGUGUAAAGUAAAAUAAAUGUUUAGUUCUCUGCUUGUUAUUGGGUACGACGCGAUCACCGCCUCAAGCAAUAUACCUAUCGUGAUGUUGCUGGGGAAGGGGUCGAGCCGAUCGUGGGCAGGAAAUGUCUCACACAACUAGAAAAGUGUUCGGCGCGGACUCUGUCACGUACUGUCCUGCUGUCAGGAGGUCGAAAAAGGGGUUCCCGGCUGAAAAAGUAGUUAUACACUAGAAUUGGAGCGUUAAUGCCAUUUCGCGUAUCAUCUAGAUCUUAGUUUGUCGGCAUGCAGUGAUGGACUUUUUUGUUGACACCACCAUAGGUGCGAUUCUCGUAGUUGUGCCGUCGUGCCUUUGGAAUGAAAGAAGUGUUAUGCGCUUCUUUUGUGUAUAUGUUUCUUUCGCCCAUAACUUAAAAAAAAAAAAAAGCCUUGCGUUGAAACGGUAGCAGCAAGAAACAAUCGGAAUAGUUUUCGCUCGUCCCUUGUCGCCAAGGGUACAGUUUUAUGCCGCAUACGUCGCCAUCAGCUUGCUGCCUUCUUGGUUCUACGAUAAUUAUUUUACAGGAAUGCUUCACGGGUCGUUUUAUAAACCAUCCAGCGUCCUGGAAUGAAAUUUUACUCGUUAUGCAACUGUUUCUUACUCUUUUUAGUCAGGAAGAUUCUUAACAUUCACUCUUUUGCAGCCGGGCGAAUGCCAUUUGUUGUUAAACGUCUUCAUGCAAUGCAAAAUAAAGAAUACUGGGAGAGCAAAAUGUUAUUUACCUUUUCCAAAACGCAGGAAUGCAUUUGAAAAAAAAAAAAAC